CUGGGGCGGGGCGAGUGGGAGGAGUGAAAGUUGGAGCCCAACAAAACCCUCCACCUCGCUCAGAACAGCCAGACCUGCGCUGCGACCUCCACACAGGUGGUCGUGCCAGGCACCGCUGAGAUGUUGCCUAAAGUUCUCCUGAUGCUCCUCAACAUGUUCCUGGCCCUCCAGUGGAGGGUUGGACCUCACAUUAAACUGGAGAAUAAACCCCCUGCCCAAGAUAAGGUAGUCUUUGGCCCUCAGCCUCAGCCUGUGCCACAACCUCUGAUUCCGCCUGAAUCUCCUGCUGGAGAUGAUGUAGUCUUCGACUCUCAGCCCCAGCCCCAGUCGGAAUCCCCUGGCCAUGAUGAUGUCUUUAGCUCCCAGCCCCAGCCUCUGCCCCAGCCCCAGCCUCUGCCGGAGCCCCAGCCUCUGCCGGAGCCUGAGCCACAGCCGCAGCCACAGCCACAGCCGCAGCCGCAGCCACAGCCCCUGGCUGGGCGCCAGCCUCUGCCCCAGCCCCUGCCUUGGCCCCUGCCUCAGCCUCAGCCCGAACCGGAGCCCCAGCCGGAGCCCCAGCCGGAGCCCCAGCCUGAGCCCCAGCCGGAGCCCCAGCCUGAGCCCCAACCAGAACCCCAGCCAGAACCCCAGCCUCAACCUCAGCCUCUGGCUGGGCGCCAGCCUUUGCCUUGGCCCCUGCCACUGCCCCUGCCCGAGCCCCAACCUGAUCCCCAGCCUGAUCCCCAACCGGAGCCUCAGCCAGAACCCCAACCUGAGCCCCAGCCUCAGCCCCAGACCCCAGGCCAGGUCCAGGCUGGGCGCCAACCCCGCCCCAAACCUCAGCCUGAUCCCCAUCCCCAUCCGCAGCCUGAACCUCAGCCUGAGCCACGUCUCCAUCCCUUUCACCGUCUCCGUCUCCGUCCCCAUCCCUAUCCUGAGCCCCAUCCAGGACCCCAGCCGGAGCCUGAGCCUGAGCCUGAGCCGGAGCCCCAGCCGGAGCCCCAGCCGGAGCCCCAGCCGGAGCCCCAACCGGAGCCUGAGCCCCAGCCGGAGCCGGAGCCGGAGCCUGAGCCUGAGCCUGAGCCUGAGCCUGAGCCCGAGCCCGAGCCCGAGCCCGAGCCUGAGCCUGAGCCUGAGCCUGAGCCUGAGCCUGAGCCUGAGCCUGAGCCCCAGCCGGAGCCGGAGCCGGAGCCGGAGCCGGAGCCCGAACCUGAGCCCGAGCCCGAGCCCGAGCCCGAGCCUCAGCCAGAGCCCCAGCCAGAACCUGAGCCUGAGCCCGAGCCCCAGCCCGAGCCCCAGCCCGAGCCCGAGCCCGAGCCCGAGCCCGAGCCCGAGCCCGAGCCCGAACCUGAACCUGAGCCUCAGCCGGAGCCCCAGCCUGAGCCUGAGCCCCAGCCUGAGCCCCAGCCAGAUCCUGAGCCUCAGCCUGAGCCCGGACCUGAACCUGGACCUGAACCUGAACCUGAGCCUCAGCUGGAGCCCCAGCCAGAGCCUGAGCCUGAGCCACAGCCGGAGCCUGAGUCGGAGCUGGACCUGGAGCCGGAACCAGAGCCCCAGCCCCUGCCGGAGCCCCAGCCUGAGCCUGAGCCUGAGCCUGAGCCGGAGCCGGAGCCGGAGCCGGAGCCGGAGCCGGAGCCGGAGCCGGAGCCGGAGCCGGAGCCUGAGCCAGAACCGGAGCCAGAGCUGGAACUGGAGCCCCAGUCCCAGCUGGAGCCUCAGCCUAGUGGAAAGAAGCUUCCAGCAAGAGAAACAGAACUCACUGCUGAUCAUACAACUGAACGCCCACGUGGAAAACUGACAAGAGCUUCUCAAAUCCUUAACACCAUCCUGAGCAACUACGACCAUAAACUGCGCCCUAGCAUUGGAGAGAAGCCUACCGUGGUCACUGUUAAAGUCUUUGUCAACAGCCUCGGACCUAUUUCCAUCCUAGACAUGGAAUAUUCCAUUGACAUCAUCUUCUACCAGACCUGGUAUGAUGAGCGUCUUCGUUACAAUGACACCUUUGAGACACUUAUUCUACAUGGCAACGUGGUGAGCCAGUUGUGGAUCCCGGAUACUUUUUUUAGGAAUUCUAAGAGGACCCAAGAGUAUGAUAUCACCAUACCCAACCAGAUGGCUCUCAUCCAUAAGGAUGGAAAAGUGUUGUACACAGUUAGGAUGACCAUUGAUGCAAGAUGCUCACUCCACAUGCUCAAUUUUCCAAUGGAUUCUCACUCUUGCCCUCUGUCUUUCUCUAGCUUUUCCUAUGAUGAGCAUGAGAUGAUAUACAAGUGGGAGAAUUUCAAACUCAAAAUCGAUGCGAAGAACACUUGGAAGCUAUUGGAGUUUGAUUUUACAGGAGUGAACAACAAAACUGAAAUCAUCUCCACCCCAGUUGGUGACUUCAUGGUCAUGACAUUCUUCUUCAAUGUAAGCAGGAGGUUUGGCUUCAUUGUCUUUCAAAACUAUAUCCCUUCAUCUGUUACCACAAUGCUUUCCUGGGUGUCCUUCUGGAUCAAGAUAGAAGCUGCUGCUGCCAGGGCCUCUGUAGCUUUGGACUUCUAUAUUGCAAUUUGUUUCGUCUUGUGCUUCUGUACUCUACUAGAGUUCACUGUGCUCAACUUCCUGACCUACAAUAAUAUUGAACGACAGGCUUCUCCAAAGUUCUACCAAUUUCCAACCAAUAGCCGUGCUAAUGCACGUACUCGUGCUCGUGCCCGCACUCGUGCUCGUGCUCGUGCCCGUGCUCGUCAGCAGCAGGAAGUGUUUGUGUGUGAGAUUGUUACCUAUGAGGAAAAUGCUGAAGAGGGUUACCAGUGGUCUCCAAGAUCAAGAAGACCUCAGUGUCCCUGGAGGCGAUGUGGCCGAAGCUAUGUGUGCUUCAGGGUUCUCAGGAAGUAUUUCUGCAUGGUUCCUGGUUGUGAGGGCAACAGCUGGCAGCGGGGCCGCAUCUGCAUCCACGUUUAUCGCCUGGAUAACUACUCGCGGGUGCUUUUCCCCAUUACAUUCUUCUUCUUUAAUGUGGUCUACUGGGUGAUUUGCCUUAACCUGUAGGCUCCAGCUGGUAGCUCAUGGGGCAAUCACCUCAGUUCCCCAGGAGGUCCUAAGCCCCUUUGUCAAGGGAGUUGGGAGACAAUAGCAACAGCAGCAAGCCUGAGGAGAGUUUGUCUUUGCUGCUCCUCCUUUUGUUGGCCCCUUCACUCAAUCUUUUAAACAGCACUUCUCAAGUAACAGCCCACCUCUCUAUUCUUCAAAGAGUAUCCAUGAUGUUCAGUGUGCCCACAAUUGAGCAGAUAAGCUAUCUCUUGGUUGUGUUUGCAGUUACUGUUUUUCCCCAGGAGGUCAUGGUACCAUUUGUGGUGCUAAGGGGCCCAGCUCAAGCUCAGCCCUAGAAUGCACAGAGCAACAACAGUAUAGCAGAAGGAAGGUCCUCAUCCUUAAGUCUUUAAGUCAGGCUAUUUGAUUUUUUCUCCCUGCUCUCUCUUCCUCUACACACACACACACACACACACACACACACACACACUCACACACACACACACACACGCACGCACGCACGCACGCACACCACUAUCUGUAGGAGGAGAGGAGCCAGCAAGUGGGCCUGUUUGGGAAAGUAACCGUCUCUGCUGCCAUGUCAUCUCCUUCUCCCCCCCCCCCCCCCGCCUCCAUCUGCACUCCCAAUUCAGUUCCCUUCAUCUAAUGGGUAUCUAUUCUUGUGUGCAAUGUUUGUAAUUUCCCCUGCUUUGUAUGCCUCCUUCUUCCUCUUCCUUGAUCCCUGUGAUUCUUUCUGUAACUUCCCCAGUGACUUUCCCAGCCCUGAUCCAGGUGCUAGGCUUUGUGUCUCCCAGGGACCAAGAAACCAAGAGCACUCUGUUGAGCAGCUGCCAUUGCCUAUCACUGAUUGGUGCUCACCUCAGGCACAGUCUAAUGGUUUGAUUGCUUCCUUGGUCCCUGGACCCAUAAGCCAGUCCACUGCCAUCCCUGGGGCACUCACACAAUUGCAAUCAAUUGAACUCCCUUAAAUUUGUAUAACAUUUUCCCUUUGACAAAGUACUUUUGACAAAACAUUUCUAUUUGGAAACUUGUUAUAGCCCCGUGACAUCUUUGGGCACAGAUUGUCAUGAUACAAAUGGCAACCUUGAGACACAGAUUUCUAUGGGACUCUGGAUCUUUCUGGAAGCCAAUAUGGAGCCCCCUGUCACCUGUUAAAGGGUAUGGCAGGGUUAGGCAGCUCUGGUCAAGCAUGACUCAAUUUUAUUUCUCUUGCUGGCACCCCAGUAGCAAGGACUAAAGCGACAGGUCCCUCUCAGCACUGGCUUGCUCUAUAACUAGGCCUGAGGUGCUCAGACUGCUCCACAGGUUUAACUCUUUGACUCUAAUAACCCACUGAGAUGAAUUUGUAUAUGCCCCAAUGCUUGUAUAUGCUGAAUAGAAUCAGUGUCUGUAUUUUAUGGGGGUGGGUGGGAUUGGGAAAUCCAUCUGCUUCUAGUCAUCACCAUCUGUAAAGGGGAUAUAUAUGAAUAAAAGUAUCAGCAAACA